AUGGUUGACAGGAGCUUGCUACACUGUUGUAAAAACGCUAAUAACACGAUGGUAGUCCAAAAAAAGUAUGCACAUACCGGCUCGGACGUCGCCCGGGUGAACAAGGUCCGCGCUGCAGCUUUGGGGACUAGAGACUGCAGUGUAAAAUAUACUGAGUCCCAGAAAGAUAGACUGAAGAUGGGGUUGACAGUUGGAGUUUGGAAUGUCAGGUCAUUGUGGCAGACAGGGGCUUACGCGUUGAUGAAGAAAGAACUUGAACGAUUCAGAUAUGAUGUGGUUGGUCUGUGCGAGGCCCGAUGGACAGGAGGUGGAGAAAUGGAAGGUGGGAAGAUAUUAUGGUCUGGAACAGAGAGGGAGCACGUCUAUGGAGUUGGAAUGGUUAUUGGCGAAAAAGCAAAAAAAGCACUGUUGGAGUACAAUCCAGUGAAUGAAAGAAUGAUAAAUCGAGGCAUUCUACGAUCAACUGGAGCAAAGAAAGUACUGCCAAAAAAAGAUGUUAAGAUAAUCACCGGAGAUUGGAACGCAAAAAUCGGAAGAGACAAUAUUGGUUUUGAAGAAGUCAUGGGAAAAUACGGUAUAGGAAACAGAAAUAAUAGAGGAGAAAGACUGCUGGAAUUUGCAAAGGACCAAAAAAUAAAUCAUUUCUGUCGACCUAACAGUGAAGCCUGCAAAGUGUAUCAUUUUCAACAACAAACUGCUCUUUAUUCAAGAGAACGUUUGCAAUCUUAUAUAUGUCUGUCUAUCAGUCUGUCUGUCUGUCAGCAUGCUAGUGCGUGGAGCGGUGGCGGAUCUUGGGAGUCCGGAGGGGCCAUGGGGGCUCCCGUUGUACGCAGUGUUUGUAUUGAUAACAUAAAAUGCAACACUAGCACUCUUGAACACUUCACAAACAGCGGACGAUACGGAAACAUUAGUCCUAUGACGAGUGGUAACAUGUUCACCAUUAAACAGUAUCGCUUCUUUUGGCAUUGGCUCGUAUUCGAAGUGGCGCAACAUUGGUGGUUCUAUGAUAUUGGUAUGAACGGCACGUUGUUGACUAUCAUGUCUAUACUGGGAGUAAAGAUGUAG